AUGCUCGUACUCCACCCCGACUCCCAGUGCGACGUCUGCCUCGAGAGCUAUCAUGGCCACCGAGAGCCCCUCGUCAUCACCUGUGGACACAUAUUCUGCCAGAGUUGUCUGGCCAUGCUGCCUAGGCGUCUGUGCCCUCUAUGCCGGGUGCCCUUCGACGUCGAGGACAUCAGGAAGCUGCACGCCGAUAAGACUGCGGUUCCCCCAUCCCCACCCCUCGCGCCCGCCGACCUCGACCCCGACGCCAGCCAAGCUCGCCACCUCCAGACCGCGCUCACCGGCCUCAUCCUCGAGGGCGCGUCUGGGAUGGAGACUGCGGAGCUCAUGAACUCGAUCCGGAGUUGGUUGCUCACGCAGUCCCCAGACGAGGUGCGUGCUCACUCGCGUUUCCGCCCACGUUUGUCUGCGGGUGCCUGCGCGAUCGGAUUCUGA